UCGGAGUGGACAGACGGCCAGGGACACAGGAUGGCAGCGCAAAUAGGAGUAUCUAACGGGACAUGAGGACGAACGGAAAUCUGCUAAAUAUCUGAUCUCUGAGCGCGUGUGGCGGAGUGAGGCGUCACCAUGCCGCUGGUGAAGAGAAACAUCGCCCCCCGGCACCUCUGUCGAGGGGAGCUACCCGACGGCAUCGACAGCGAGCUGGAGUGUGUGAUGAACAACACACUCUCCUCCAUCAUCCGUCAGCUGAGCAGUCUAAGUAAACAUGCAGAGGACAUAUUUGGGGAGCUGUUCAACGAGGCCAACACCUUCUACAUACGAGCCAACUCACUGCAGGACCGCAUCGACCGCCUGGCCGUCAAAGUCACUCAGCUAGACUCAACUGUGGAGGAAGUCUCUCUGCAGGACAUCAACAUGAGGAAGGCGUUCAAAAGCUCGACCACGCAGGACCAGCAGGUGGUGUCCAAGAGCAGUGUGCCUGUCCCUGUCAAAGAGAUGUACAACCUGAGUGACAAACCUCCGCCCCUCAACAUCCUGUCCUCCUACAGGGACGACCAUAAGGAGGGGCUGAAGUUCUACACAGACCCCUCCUACUUCUUCGACCUCUGGAAGGAGACGAUGCUGCAGGACACGGAGGACAAGAGGAAGGAGAAGAGGAAGCAGAAGGAGCAGAAGCGCUGUGUGGACGGCACCCUGCAGAGGGAGGUGAAGAAGGUGAGGAAGGCCAGGAACCGUCGGCAGGAGUGGAACAUGAUGGCGCUGGAUAAGGAGCUGAGGCCCGACAAUCGCCUCUGCCACACCAUCCACCGAGGAGCCUCGUCCGAGCGCACGCUGUCCCCAAAUAGCAGGGGUCAUGGCCUUGAACAUAUGGAUCUCCACUACCCCAGUGCCAUGAACCAUGCAGGCCAUGCCCACACCUACUCUGGCCCCCCUCCGAGCGUCCUGGCUGCCCAGAUGGCUCUGGGACACGCCACCCUGGGGGGUGAACACGACUACAGAGCUGCAGCCAUGGCCUACAGGGGUGGGACCCUGGGACGGCCUCACCAGGCCCCGCCCCCUCCUCCUCCCACUGAGAACAUGAACGGCUCCAUGUCUCUCCCUCCUGUGGACUACAGUAUGAUGGAGGGUUAUGGACACUCUGGAGCCCCUCCCCCUCCCCCUGGCCCUCUCAUCCCAUCUGCUCAAACUGCCUUUGCCACGCCCCCUGGGGGUCUACUUCCACCUGCAGGCCCAAUGGGUGCAGCUGGAGGUUAUGCCCCGCCCCCCCCACCCCUCUCCGGAUCCCUGGCGGCCCCCCCUCCUCCAGUCCUUCCACCCCCUCCUUCUGGCUCCUCCCACUCUGCCACGCCCAAGAUGUCCUCUGUGGCCGCUGACACCACACCAGUCAAUGAUGCUCGUAGUGACCUACUGGCAGCCAUACGCAUGGGGAUCCAGUUGAAGAAGGUUCAAGAGCAGCAGGAACAACAGGCGAAGAGGGAGCCGGUUGGAAAUGAUGUGGCCACCAUCUUGUCUCGACGCAUAGCUGUGGAAUAUUCCGACUCUGAAGACGACUCUGAACUGGAAGACAACGACUGGUCCGACUAAGAAACGCAGACAAGCACACGUCCACACACACACACACACACACAAAACCAAUCAGUCGAUCACUCCACAUUGUGAAUGCACACUUUGUCACUGCUGCAAAUUUGUGGUUAACUACAUAUACGCUUAAGAUACACACACAAUUACACGUGGGCUGGUUUGUCGUGAGCUUAGUCCUGGGCACCUGUGUGUAGCUCUGAUAGCUUAGCUGUGAGUUUGGACACUAAACCUCUUCAUCCCAAACUGCAUCAGAAACAUUAGGGAUGUGUUCAAGAAAGACAGCAAUCUAGAAUUCUGGAAUUGUUUAAUCAUUAAAAAAAUGUUAACCGAUUAUCUUGAUAUGCCCUAUAUGAGAGUAGCUCAGUUGUAGAGACACACACACACACACACACACGCCAAUCCUAAAUGUUAAUACUGACCACUCUAAAACCUCAUGUUGGAUUCAGCAUCAUUUACUCAUCAGUGUGCUCUCGAGACACUGAGGGCUUCACAAGUGCACCCCGGCCAACACUUGUCUCCCUCUGGUUGGCUCUGAACGCCACCAGAGCAGCCAUGUAGCCCUCAGGAGCAGCAGCUCAUCUCAUGUGCAGUAGAGGGGCCGUCUGAAGGCCGAGGUCGAGGGUCUCCCUCUGGGCCCUCUGGGUUUCUCUUUUCUAACGUUUAUACUGAAACACUUGUUAAUAAGGUAAUAUUGCAACGAGACUUUGUUUUUAAUGUGUAGGUCCUAGCAAUUGGAACUUACGGGCAGUAGGUCUGUUGGUCGCUCUAAACUGUGAACAGGAACGGGGGCUGGCGUGUCCUGAGGGGGCGUGGUCGAGCGCUCAGAGAUCAUGCGUCUCUGAGCGGAGGGGGAGUGAUUACAGGAUGUGACUGAGAACCGUCAGACGAGUGUCUGAUCUGCUCAGAAGAGGCCUGGCAGAGGCGUGGUGAGAUGGAAGGAGGCUGCGGAUUGGAUGGGGGGGGGGUUACCAUGGCUAUU